CAUUAGAGCUCGAGCGAGUGAGGGGAAAAGGUGAGUUCAAGGGGUCUGCGAGCAGCUGGAGCGGCGUCGGGGAAAUACAAGGAAGAACGUUCUUGUAAACCGGACAAAACUUUAUUUUGUAUUUUCUCCCAAAGAGCCAACAUGGUGCAUUUGGAAAUGAUAUUUGUGCUGGCUUGGGCAUUGUUCGUUCCUGUAACGAGCAGCAAAAAAACUUAUGGUGACAUGUUCCCACACAAACACAAGUUCCCUUUUCCAUUCCCAAUCCCUGGAUGGCAACCGGACACUAACCCUUGGAACGAAAAUCUAUACCCUCCCUUCAAACAAGAGCUGACGCGCAGACAUGAUAAACCUCCGAGGGUGCGCCUCACGAGCGACAGUCCUGCAAUGAACGGCUCGUGCAUCUCAUUCACCGCAGCGCUGGAGUUCCAGCCAUGCCAGAAAGAGGACGCCAACGGCAACCUGGUGAAUGACGAGCACUGUGACGACGCCAAUGGACAGGUGCGUUCAGGGUACGUGUCUAACUGGACAUCCUGGUUGGAUGACUAUGGCUUUGGCAAGUGUACAGAUCUGAAAAGGUGCAAUGUUUUUCCUGAUGGAAAACCUUUUCCCCAGACCAGUGACUGGAGACGUAGAGGUUAUGUCUAUGUGUGGCACACUAUGGGCCAGUAUUUCGAGACAUGUGAUGGCUCCUCGUCCCAUCUGACUCUGAACACCACUAACAUGACGUUCGGAGCAGGCGUAAUGGAGGUGAUGGUGUAUCGUAAACGUGAGCGCAGAAAGUACAGCCCACUCUCUACAGACAGUACCGUGUUCUUCAUAACAGAUAAGAUUCCACUCUCUGUGAACAUUUCCCAGAAGGAAGCCGCCGACAUAACUGACAAAAAUGUCUUUGUCAGAGGGUCUGAUGUGACAUUCAAAGUACAGAUCCACGACCCCAGUAACUACCUAAAGACAGCUGAUGCAGUAGACUUUAUUUGGGACUUUCGGGAUGGCAACCACUUGGUCACCCACAGCAAUGUGGCUACCCAUGCUUACAGCACGCUUGGAAAUGUUUCUGUCAAGCUCCUGGUAGAAGCAGCGUUCCUCAUUCCCUGCCCACCACCAGCUCCCACACCAAUGCACUUUACACAGGCUCCUACCACAGCAAUGCCUACGCUACUACCUGUCACCCAGGUGAUCACUAGCAAAAUGGAGACCACCAAAGUUAUGAUUGUCACCAGUCCUUCGCCAACAACCAUCCAACAUGUUCCCACAAGUGCCGUUCCAACAACAGAACCAUUCCAAACAGAUGCAGAGGUGACCUCUAAUAUUACAUCAACUCCUGUACCUGAAACCAGCUCAGCCUAUAAACAGCCCACCUCACCACCCAUGAUCAAACACAGACACUUCAAGGAGUCUGACUGUUUCCGCUAUAUGUAUGGCUCCUUUGAAGAUGAGAUCAUCAUCAUUGAACCUCCUCCAACUCUGUACAGCCCACCACCCAAUCAGAUUUUAAAGGUGUCAGCCGCUAAAGUGACCAACACAUCUGUGAACUUUGUUGUGACAUGCCUGGGCAGCAUCCCUCCCUUCCUCAGUGUUCCCUCAGUGGCCUGUACUAUAGUGUCUGACUCUACCUGUCGGGAGGUCCAGAACAUCAUCUGUGAGGAUGUGGCCCCUUUAGGCGAAGGUUGCAAGAUCGAGUUGAAACGCAUCUUCCAAACGCCUGGCACCUACUGUAUCAACAUCACACUGGGAGUGCCCGGUGGCUUGGCUCUCGCCACAACCACAUCUAUAAUAAUUGGCAACAGCCCAAACAAGAACCCCUCUAAAUCAUCACAUGUUGCCAAGGUAGUUCUAUCUUCCAGCGCUGUGCUUAUAGCAAUCUUUGCUUUCAUUGCCUUCAUGGUGUACAAGCAAUGUAAGGUGUAUCGUCCGGUGAGGCGAUCUAUGCUUGAUGAUGCUGAGAGAAAUGCUUGGGUUGGAAGUUGGCGUUUAAACAAGCUUAGAGCAACACUGUUCCCAGCCAAUGAGGAGAGAAGCCAUUUAUUGACAGAGAAGCCAUUAUAGACUGAUCUGAGCUGUUGUAGCAGUCCAUGCAGUUACUCUUUACUUAACAUAUCAGUUAAGCUGCAGUCUAUGAGAAAAACUUGAGAAAACUGUGAUCUCAUAAGAUAAAACUGUUUUCAGCAAGAUUACACUGGCAUCUUCUCUAAAUUUAGCUAGAAUAACAAUUUUAAUGUUAUCAAAGUAUUUUAGUUACAGUAGAGGCAAACGUUAGACAUUUUUUAAUGGCAGAUUUGGGAUGAGUUAAAAUAGCAGAUCUUUUGGGUUAAAAUCUUUUAUAUACAUUUUUGGAAAAGUUGAAUAAUUAUCUAAAAUGACUAAACCUUCACAAACUAACUGACCCAUAACCCUUUACAGAAGUGUAUAUGUCAACUGCACAACAAGCACUUGCUAUAUACUGUAAGAAUUAACAUAUUAACACUGUUGUCAUACAUUAUGCAAGGCAACAGAAGAAAAGCAGCUUUGCACAUCUCAUUGUCAAUAGCUCCGUCUUUAAAUUUUAAUAAACACUACAAAUUAUGUAAGUUCUGAAAUGUUGAACAUUGAAAAUUCUAAUAACUAUAGACAGUUUUGGCCCUUUUUGAAUAAAAUGUUAUUUGAUUUGAUGUAAGUGAUACAUCAUGUGGGAAACAGGAAAAAGCAAAUAUUGUAAUUAUGGGAAUUAUCACAUUAGUUAAUGCUCUAAGAAAAUAAGAUUGGUUUGAAUGAUAUAUUCUUAAAAAAGAUACUACAUUUGAGGACUGAAUAGAUGCACUUUUUGUGGAUAUGUUUCUUACAGCUGAUUGUUAUUAAGGGAUUGUUUUAUAAGAAAUCACUUUACUAGCAGAUUUUCAAGAAUUAAUUAGGCUGGGCAAUUUGUAUUAUUGAUAGGUUACGCAUAGCCAUGCAUGGAUAUUGAAAAUUAUUAACAGUGUUGACAGCACUUAAUAUAUAUAUAUAUUUAGCUAAUCUUUUCUUAUUAUAAAUUGUAACUUCUGUGACAUACACAAACAUCUAAUAAACUUCUGAUAUCUGUUA